UUCCGGUCAAACGUCAUUUUCGAUUUCACCACAUGGUCACACUUUUAACAACUAAACAAUUGUUUUGAGUUUAUCGUAAUGGAAUACACGUUUGAAAACAAACCGGGUACAACUGGAUUUAUAUUAUGUUGUCAAUGUGGGACACAGAUAGAACCAAAUCCUUCCAACAUGUGUGUAGCUUGUCUUAGAACACAAGUUGAUAUAACAGAAGGUAUUCCCAAACAGGGUGUGUUGUAUUUCUGUAGGAAUUGUGAAAGAUAUUUACAACCUCCUAACCACUGGGUGGCUGCACAGCUAGAAUCCAGAGAGCUGUUAUCUGUUUGUUUGAAAAAACUUGGUGGACUUAAGACUGUUAGACUGAUAGAUGCAGGAUUUGUUUGGACAGAACCUCAUUCACAGAGAAUUAAAACUAAAUUGACAGUACAGAAAGAGGUUCUCAAUGGAGCAGUUUUACAGCAGGUGUUUGUUGUUGAAUUUAUUGUCAAGAAUCACAUGUGUGACGACUGCCACAGAGUCGAGGCUAAAGAUUUCUGGCGAGCCUGUGUACAAAUUAGACAGAAGACAAAGCACAAGAAGACAUUUUACUAUCUAGAACAGAUUAUUUUGAAGCACAAGGCCCAUGUGAACACAGUCAACAUAAAACCAUGCCAUGAGGGUUUGGAUUUCUUCUACAUACAACAGCAGGAUGCUAGAAAGUUGGUAGACUUCCUUAAUACAGUUGUACCAUGCAGAACUCAGACGGCAGAGGAGUUGAUAUCCCAUGAUAUUCACAAUAACACCUUUAACUAUAAACACACCUUCUCUGUGGAGAUAGUACCUAUUUGUAAGGAUAAUGUUGUGUGUAUGCCUCCAAAGUUAGCUCAGCAACUUGGAAACAUCAAUCCUCUGUGUCUAUGUUACAAAGUUACCAACGCAAUACAUGUUAUAGAUCCUAGUUCACUUCAGGUGGCAGAAAUAAAAGGCCCACAGUAUUGGAGGUAUCCAUUUCUAACUGUGUGUGAACCUAAACAGCUGUCAGAGUUCAUGGUGAUAGAUGUAGAAAUUGUGGCAGACAAAGACAAACCAAAUAAAACUCCUGUGUCUCAUAAGCAUGUUUUAGCCAACGUUUGUGUGAAUCAGGUGACCAGUACUGGACUAAGUGACCAGCAGUAUUUCUGUAGAACACAUCUAGGUCAUUUACUGCAUCCUGGGGACUCAGUUUUAGGGUUUAAUUUUACUAACUGUAACCUGAACCAUGCUGAGUUUGACAAAAUGAAAGCCGACAAAAUUCCAGAUGUGAUGCUGGUGAAAAAGAUAUUUGGAGACAAGAAUUCUAGAAAUAAAAAGAGGAAAUGGAAACUGAAGCAUCUCCAUGACGACCUUCAUGCAGAUACGUCUAGUAAUGAAAGGGAUUAUACUGACUUUCUUGAGGAUCUGGAAGAGGACGAAGCUUUUAGACGGAAUGUGGAUAUAUAUAAAGAUCCUUCCAAGCUUGCAGUUGAUGCAGAUGACACAGAUGAUGAAGAAUUGCCACAGAUCAGUCUCCAAGAGAUGCUUGAUGAUUUACAUAUCUCUACCGAUGCUACUGGGCCUGAUGGCGCAGACAUGAUGAUGGACUGAUAUAUUAAUUCAUAUUUUGGUUGCAAAAAAUUUUUUUGUUACUAUAUCAUUAAACACAAUUAUUCUAGAGGUUAUUGAUGCGUGAAAUUGGCAGAUUGAUUAACUCACAAACUGAAUAAAAGUCUGAAGGACUGUUAUGUUAAGUUUGUGAGUCAGGUGCCCAGUUAACACAUCAAUAAACUCUAGAAAAAAAUGUGUUUAAUCUACAUUUUUCUCAACACAAACAUUUGAUAUAAUUUUUCUGUCAUUUUCAACUUUUUUUUAAUCCCAGAGUUACAUGUAUGUGUAUGGAGCUUGACUAUAUAUAUAUCAGUAGUUUGACAAAAUAAUAGAUUGAAAAGAAACCAAAAAAAAUAUCUUAUGAACCAAUCACAAUCAACUAUUUGUAAAUAUGCAAAAUAUAGAAGAACUUUUUAAAUGUAAAUUGAGUAGAAGAGACAAAAACUGAAAUAUUUACCUAAUAAAGUUUGAAUUGUGGAUUCUCAAAAAUGUAUUUUUUCUUAGUUUAUGAAAGCAGAAUUAUUAACUGUUGAGCAAUCAAGAAGUUUUUAGUAUCAUAAGUUCCAGGCAGCUUUAAAAAAUGAUUGAGAUCUUUAAAUUUUUGUAUAACCUGAGUAAAAAUUUCUGUCUAGAUAACUGUAUUUUUUGCAGAGAAAGCUUGAAGUUAUUACAUUUUGAAAGUCAUUACUAUUUCGACAAGAAACCAACAAGUGUUUUUUUGCACUGAGAUAUUUGAGAAUGGGGUCAUACUUCUUGUCUGAAGAAUGUAUGUUAAUCUCUGGAUGUUUUUUUAUUUUUUGUGUAGAUGGUUUGCAUCGACGAAUACUCCACAUCAUCUUUUAUUCAUAAAUAACAUACAAGUUUACCUUUACAUUGAAAAAAAUCAUAGUUAACAAUUGAAAAAAGUGAAAUUCUGGUAUACUUAAAAUAUUUCCAUGACAAUAGGUUGUACAAAUUACAAAGUAAUUUUCCAGUCAUUCUGACAAAAAUACAUUUCCAUUGCUAUUAACUGUUAUCAGAUUAGAAUUCACACUUGUAUUUGACUCGUUUACUUUAGUAUCAACUAAUACAUAAUAUACAUGAUAUAAGAUUUGUAUCAAUGAAUUUCUGUUGGUUGUUUUUGCUCCUGAAUCACCAAUUAACAUUACAUUUAUGUUAUUGCAUAUUGAAGAAGUGCUUUAUUGUUGGAUUUUAGUUUUUUGUUAUUGAAAGUUUUUAUUUGAAAAUUUAUUAUGUGUAAAACCAUUGAUUGAUUGAUUGUGUUUAACACCACUUUCAGCACUAUUAGCUAUAUCAUGGAGGACAAUUUAUAUUUGGAGGAAGGUGGAGUACCUUUUGAGAACCAAAUGUAAAAAUAUUCAUUAAACUUAAUUUCAUCCUUUUCGUAGAUAAUGCAAUUGGCUAUUUCAGAUUUAAUGCAUUCUUGUAUUUGACUAAAUAUCCUAAAAAUAGAUUUUUCAAAAAUGUACCAAUGGGAUACCCAUGUGGGGAUACCAUUGACCAAUCAAAAUCUGGCAUUUUGACAUGACGUAUAAUAAUUUCAAUUACCAUAUUCUUAUUAUGAAUUUAACAAGCUUGAAAAUAUCAUGUACAAACAAAAAAUAUGUAAUAAACAUCUAUACCUUA